GGCGUGGAGACGCUCCCGCGCGGGCCACGGCCGCGCAGGCGCACUCGGGGCGCCUGCGCCAAGCCGCGCCUUCUUUUCUCGCGUGUCCGGAGUCCGCGGUUCGCGAAGUGCCGUUGGGCCUCUCAGGUGCUUACAGUCUGGGGUCGCGGACCCCUACCAAGAUUCAGCAGCACGGAGGUGCAGAGUAUCGCGGAGGGGCCGGGGCCGGGCGCUGCUGGCGGCGUGCCCCGGCCCGGGGCUCCGGGCCCUGCGGCGGCGCCGGCCCGAACUCCAGCCACUGUCGGGGCCCCGGCCUCGCAGUUCACCCUGCUGGUGAUGCACUCGUGUGGGGCGCAGGACGAGGCUGCAGCCGAGGGCGUCCUGAGGCCGGCCCAGGGCGCGGGGGGCUGCGUCGGAUCGGGCAAGCCGGUUAGGUACCUGUGUGAAGUGGCAGGGGAUGUGGACGAGGAGGCCGGGGAGGACGAGGCUGACUUGCUGGACACUUCGGACCCCCCCGGGGGUGGCGAGAGCACGGCUAGUUUGGAGGAUCUGGAGGAUGAGGAGACCCACUCAGGGGGCGAGGGCGGCGGCGGAGCAGCGCGGAGGCGAGGCGGCGGCGGGAGCGGCACCAGCAAGACUUGCACGUAUGAGGGCUGCAGCGAGACCACGAGCCAGGUGGCCAAGCAGCGCAAGCCGUGGAUGUGCAAGAAGCACCGCAACAAAAUGUACAAGGACAAGUACAAAAAGAAGAAGAGCGACCAGGCCUUGAAUUGCGGUGGGGCCGCCUCGGCCAGCAGCACCGGAAACGUUAAACUGGAGGAAAGUGCAGAUAACUUACUCUCCAUUGUUAAACAAAGAACUGGAUCUUUUGGGGAUCGUCCUGCAAGACCUACUCUUUUAGAACAAGUGCUAAAUCAGAAAAGACUGUCAUUACUGAGAAGUCCAGAAGUAGUGCAGUUUUUACAGAAACAGCAACAACUAUUAAAUCAGCAAGUUUUGGAGCAAAGACAGCAGCAGUUCCCAGGAGCACCAGUGUGAGGGAACUUAUCAAGAAUAUCUACAUGUUUUUUUAUCUUAUUGUAAUAGAUGAACAUAUUUUUAUACUAAAGAUCAAUGGUAAGAUAUGCCAGUAGAACAUAAACAUUUCCUGUAAAUGUAUGUGAGCAUUUGAGGAUAAAUAAGUAUUGCACUUUGUGCAUUUGAUCCUUUCAUAUCAUCAUAAGUUUGAAGAAAUUGGCUUAUAUUUCCAAAGAAACAUUUAAUUACAGUGGUUUUUAAAAUAUGUUUCUCUUCAGUCAUUGUUACUGAAGAUAAUGAAACAGUUACUUUCUGUGGAAGUCAUGAAGUUAAUAUAUAAUAGUCUUGAAUCAUCUAAGUCAGUGGUUCUCAUCAAGUGGCAUUUGGAAAUGUUUGAGUAUGGUUUUCAGUUGUCACAAUGACUUUGAAGACUGUGAGAUUUUAGUGUGUGGGCCAAGAAAGCUAGAUGUUCUGCAGUUCCUCACAUAGUCCCACUUGACUAAGAAUUAUUUCACCCACAAUGUCAAUAAUACUCCUCUUAAAACACUGAUAGCUACUUGUGGUGCUAACAUGUAGUUGGGGAACCUAGAAUUGAGUUUUCAUAAUAACCUUUCUUUGCAGUUAAUACUGGAGCUGUCAAAAGAGGUAAGCAUGUUUUGUAUCUCUAAGGAAAGUGCCCACUGUUUGCAUGUUAAAUCAAUGAGGUGCUGGUAAAACCUAAAAGAGGGACUAAAUAUAGUGGAAUAAAUGCAUCUCUAAAGUCAGCCUGUCAAUUUCCUGUUACCUUUCAGUGUUGCUGUCUCUUAAAGCAGACACUCUUAUAUGUUGAAUUGUAAACAGGAUAGGUGGAUCUCAGCCCACCAAUGACAGGGCAGAAUUAUUUUUCUUAUAUUCAUUUUCUAUUAAAAAAAUUAAAAGGAGGUCCUGCAAAUAAGAAUAACACUCCAGCAUUUUGUCAGUGUUUUUCAAAAUUGAGCUAUUUGACAACUAUGUUGUUCCUAAAUACUGUUUAAAGAAUGAUAGGUGAUCUGGAUAGGUACUUUUUUAUUGUAUUUUCUCCUAGGAAAACCCUAAAAAGGCAAACCUACUAAUAAGAGUAACAAGUCAAAUGUUAAAAGAGUAUAUUCCAGUAUUAGAAUAAUAAAUAUAUGUGUCUCAAGAUGAACUGUGCAAAAGUUGUGAAUUUUGUGGUUUUUAAGCUCUGAAAUAUGUGUCAUGUUAAAGCAAUCAUGGCUGUUCUAAGAAGUACUUGUAGAGAGAAUGUUAAUUUUUUAACGUGUGUUUUAUACUUACAUAUCUGUGCAUAAACAGUGUUAUCAAGAUUAUUCAUUAAAGUCCAAUUUUAUUGACCUCUGAAUUGUUUAGUUUACUUACUCAGUUUCUUUAAUUGCUUCACACUUAGUUAAGAAGAAUUCAUUUACUUUUUAUUUGUAACUUCUUGUUUUCUGUCAUACUUAUGGUGUUAGAAGCUUUAUUGAAUCCCUAGAGCUUAAGGUACCUUUCAUGGUGAAGAAAACUUAGCUUAUUCCUCUUCAAAUGGAAUAAGAAUAGGAAAGAAGAGAAAAAAUAGGGUAAUGAGAGCUGAAUAGAAAGAAAAAUGACUGCAUUUAUAUGUUUAUAAGAACUUGUGAGGAUUAAUACAGGGAUCUUUAAAAAGUUUAUGGAAAAUAAUUUUUUUAAGAUUUUUUAAUUUUUUUAUUUAAGAAGUAGAGUUACAGACAGAGAGGGAGAGAUAGAAAGAAAGGUCUUCCACCCACUGAUUCACUCCCCAAAUGGCCGCAAUGGCUGGAGCUGGGCAAAUCCAAAGCCAGGAACCAGGAGUAUCUUCUGGGUGUCCCAUGUAGGUACAGGGGCCCAAGCACUUGAGCCAUUUUCUACUUUCAACUGCUAUCCCAGGCCAUAGCAGAUAGCUGGAUUGGAAGAGGAGCAGCUGGGACACAAACUGGCGCCUGUAUGGGAUGCUGGUGCCUCAGUCAGAGGCUUGGCCUACUACACCAUAGCUCCAGCUCUGGAAAAUUUUAUAUUGUUAAAAACUAUACAUGGAUUUCAAAAAUUUUUGUUCUAAAAUAAAGUUCCUUUAAUUCCAUUUUUCUGUGAACUUUUUGAAAUAGCAUUGCAGUUGUUAAACGUGAGGGUAAAUAAUUUAGAGGCUUAAAAUCUUUUCUUCAAGGUAUUUUCGAGAAUAAAGUAGUUGCCCAUCUAUGAAUUUUGGUAGAAAUAGGACAGCAUUAAACACAAUUUAGCUAUUGUCUGCCACAUUGGAAGUGUUUUACCCUUUAUAACUAUCAAUAAAGCAAAAAGAUUUUUACUUAUUUAUGAAAGAUUUAUUGCAGUUUAUCUCAUUUCUCACCCUUAAGUUUUCUCACCACCUUUGCCAAGUGACUACAGUUCUGCCACAAAGAGAUUAUUGAGCUUAUUUACCUGGCACUUAAAUCUGGAAGACUGUCUUAUGAUUUGUUUUGACCAAAAAAGAAAGAGAGAAAGAGAGAGAGAGAGAG